AUGACCGUUUUUGGAAGCGGUUUGGCCCGCUACUUCGUCUCCGUCCUUGGACUGGGAGUUUUCUUCUUGGGUCUUAAUUACGUUAAUUAUGGAAGGCAUACGAGUUUACAGGCCGAAAAAGUAGCUUGCAAUCAGGCUCCUCCUCAGGAAAUUGUCAAGGUUGUAUACAGAGACAGAGUGGUUGAUAGCCAACAAGAAAAUAGCGAAGAAGAUGGCGAUGAGCACAACCCCCCUAAAAUUAUUUAUUCUCCGAUGGAUGAGAGUGGUAUCAGAUAUCCGAUCUCGGAUGAGCUCAAAAAGGACCCGCACUUUGAGACAUUCCAGAAGAGGCGAAAGUUUUUGAACAACGCUUGCCGAAGCAUCAGAAGUAUAUUCGACACGAGCAUAAGCUUCAAGGCGAAAAAGCACCUCCACGAAGCCAUAAAAACCGGAACUAAUAAAGACGACGAGGAAAAAUGUAUUCCAUCUUUGGCACGCGAGGGAUCACCUGAGAACCAUUUUUACACAGGAAAAGAUGAUUAUUUCACGAUGAUCACCGUUCGCCAUCCAUUCGCCCGGCUUCAUUCUGCGUACAAAGACAAGUUCCGAAACAAACACCCUUGGAUGAAAUACAUCAGAAGCAAGUUUGGAACAUACCUUGAUGCAAUGGAAACGGAAGACAUGGAGAACGAAGACUACGAGUACAGUUUUAGAGCAUUUUUGGAGCUCAUGGCGCUGUCAGAAUAUGAUCAAGAGCGCGACAGGCAUUGGAAAACGAUCCAAACGUACUGUACUCCUUGCCACAUCGAGUACGACUUCGUCCUCAAGCAAGAAACUGCCAUGGCCGAGAAUGACUUUUUGAUGAAAGUGCUCAAUUUUGACAAAACUCAUCCAAACCUCCAUGUUCCCGGCAGGUACAACUCGAACGUCACCGCAAGAAUCAACAUGGAAGAAAUCGCAGCUCCUUACAAAGACGUUCCAAGAGAUAUCAUCGAGAAAAUUUACAUUUCGUAUUUUCCGGACUUCGUGCUGUAUAAUUACGACGUUGAUGAAGUUUUUGCCGUUGCUGGGCCGCCCUCUGACUCUGCGUAA